GUCAUCCGAACCUGAACCAGAACAGAUGACCCAAGGUUUAGCCCAAAACCCACCUUUUUCCCAGUAGAACCCCAAAUCCUUCUCUCCCUCAACCAUGGCCGCUCUUCUUCGUGCUGCGCGCAGCCGCUCGCUCGCCGCUUGCCGCGCCACGAUUAACGCAUUAUUCUCUCAUCCUCAACGAUUUAUUCUCGCCGCCGGUGGGUUCUCCAAGGGUUUCGCCUCCCAAUCUCUGCCGCAGACCGCUCGCAAAUCUCCGUUCUGCUCAAACAUGCUCAGGAUCCUCCAUAACGAAAUCGAUUACCUCUCCACUUGCGCUCCUCCCCAACCGCAUGUUACGGUUUUCAAUGAAUUUACAGUUCAAGAUCACCCAGCUGAGCAGUGGAUUACCUUAAAGAGGAAGUUUCAGGAUGAUGAAGACAUCAAAAUUGAAGUAACAAUGUUCGAUUGUGCAGUUCCCGUUUCCAAAUCUGGAGAUGGAACUUCUGAAGAUGUGCAGCUUCAUAUUAGUUUUCUAGUAGACAUAUGGAAGAAGGAAGAAGGACCUGACUCCUUGGAGUUUGUGUGCUCAGCUUGGCCAGAUCGUCUGGAAGUUCAAAAAGUCUAUAUUUUCAGGCGAGGAGGAUUGCAACCAUCGCCACUUCCAUAUAUGGGACCGAACAUCAAGGAUUUGGACAAAAAGCUUCAGGAUGGACUUUAUGAAUUCUUGAAGAAAAGAGGGGUAGAUGAUGAACUCUCUGUGUUCUUACACAAGCCGAGGGUCUCUUGGAGACAGCUUCUCUACUUUCGAGUAGGGGCAAGAUCUGCGUACACACCCCCUCUCCAAACCCUACUUUCGUGUGAUCCAACUGGGUCGUUGUGAAAGUGGGACAAGAAGUACAUUAAGAAGGCCCUCACGUGGCUUAGAGGCCGUG